UCAGACUAAUUUAAUUCAUCAAAAAUAAAAGCUCGUUUGCCUAAAAAAUAUUUACGUUUAUCUACUAGAAUUUUAGCAUACCGGAAACAGUACUGUCGUCACUUUGGCGCGAGAAGUGGGUGUUUUGUUGUGCGAUCAGCAUGAGUUUUAUAUUGACGGCCUCGUUGUCACUACCGUGUUGUCUCUUGCUGUCUUUGCUCAAGCUUUCUGAACUGUCAAAACAAUGAAUGCAUCGAAGAACUCUGAGGGAGAAGAUGCAUCCCUCCCUCUGUCAGCUCUGAGGCUUAUAGCUCCACCCCUGCGUCUGGUGUCUGCGUCCAUGUGGAAGGUUAUGCAGCAGAGGGAUGCAGUGAAUUAUGGAAAACUGGAAGAGAUUGUAACAUCGAUCUGUGACACUGUACAUGGGUUGCUCCAUUACAGACAUCAGGCCCGGCUUUCAAUGGGUUUGCGGGCCCUGCUGAUAUUGGAAGAACUUCGUCAAUCAGAUCCUCCUGAUGCUGAGCAUGUCCUCCGGGAAUUAGACAAACUGCAAAGUUCCUCCCCUGCCAACGGAAGGAGGAAGGAUCUGAAGGUGGAGGAAGCUAAACGCAAUUUCCACACCCUGGUACACUGUCUCCUAAAGAAUCAUGCUGCCAGACAACAAUUCUUCAAGGAGGAUUUUCCUCAACAUUAUGGAGAAAACUAUAUAGCCAGUCUGGAAAAGCUGCUUUGGGAGUUUCUAAUCAGGUUGGAUCAGCUAUUGCCUGUUCCAGAUCUUGGUCAGACAGCCUCGUGGAUCACCGCUACCCCUGCUGUUCUGGAGGAGUGUGCACGUACUGCCUCACAGCCACAUCUCAUCAGGACUCUUCUGCAACAUGAAGCGUGUCUUGGUCACCUUGGAUCAGCUUCUCUUCUGUCCUCCACCGGUGAAUCGAUCCUAUCAUCCCUUUCCCUCCCUCUUUCUGGCAGAGUGCAGCAGACCAUCCGAUCAGAAACCACUCCCACGUCUAACCAUGUCAUAAGUCCCACCAUAACAGAGCCUAGAGCCACACAUAGAUUAGCAAAAGAAGCUCUGUCACAGGUUGCACCCGUGAUUGGAUCAAUUUCCUAUCACAGUCUCCCAAAAAACAACUUGCCUCGUAACGGAGUAGCAUCCAGUUUAGCAAAUGAAGUCGAAUCAGCUUCGGAGACAUCAGCAAAUACCAGGUGCAAACUCAGAACAUGUUCUAAAAAAACAGCUUUAGAGAAGGAUCCCGGAGAGGAGCAUGUUGUUGGGGAUAUGUUGAUCACAGUCAUCAGUCAAUCAUCAGGCAGUGAAGUAGAAGAGGACCUCGAUGACAAAAGUGAUAGCGAAAAGAGUAGAGAGGAAGAAACCCUUCCAAAUAGUAAGUCGACAUUUAAGAACAAAAACAGAAAAUAUAUCAUGAGAAAUUCAUCUAAGAUAAACUCCAGAAGCACCUGCUCACAGGAAGAAGCAGACUUAGAUGCUCUUCAUAUUUCUUGUAUGAAGCGCCAAUUGAGAGUUGUUAUUCCCAGAUUGAACGUCAACGGUGACAAUCUAUGUGUCCACCAUCUGUCUGAUGAGCAAAAAGCAACAAGAUCUCCAUGCCAAACAAAUGAUACAUCCAGUGUGGGAAGCAGUCGUUCUGUCAACCGGAAGAGAAUAUUUAGUGAUUGGACUCCAAAACCAGAAAAAUACCUUGCGGUCAAUAAACCGUCUUCAGCUUGUUCUCCGUGUAUUCCCCCUGUUCUGCGUUUUCCAAUGGCUAGUCCAGAAACCCCAUCAUCUGUAGCUGAUUCGACUGAUGAUAUUAUCAUAGAUUCUGAGGAUGAGAGAUCAGAGAAAGUAAAAAGAAAGGUGUUCACUCAGCGCUAUUGCAAAACAAAGAAUGGCACAUAUGUCCCCACACUGCAGGAGUUCUGGAAUCCUGCAAUUUAUCACAGAGACAUUGUUUCUCCUGGAAACAGAUGUUGACAUUGAUGUAAUUUUUGUAAUUUUUACAUGCUUGCAUUGUCAGUUAAAUAGUGUUUAAAUAGUGUUUUUAAAUAGUGUGAGCAUUAAUUGUCAUUUUUUAAUGUAUAGUCAUUUUAUCUGUAUCAUGUGGAAUGUUAAAUCUAUAUCUUGCAAUAAAUUUG